AUGUCCGACAUUACACCCGAAUCGCCCAACUUGGGCGUUACGCAUGAGCGCCUCCGACUAGAAAUUGAUGGUACGUCAAUCGACUUGGCCCUCUUCCGACGUCUCGGCAAUUCUACCUCGAUACCUAUCCUAUUUCUACACGGAUGGGGCAGCUCUAAGGAAGACUAUGUUGAUAUUCGGUUCCAUGCCGGUUUCUCUGCACAGUCGUUUCUUGCGUACGAUGCUCCCGGGUGCGGCGAAAGCUGGUGUGAAGAUCUGUCCAAAGUGAACAUCGGCUUUCUCGUCAAAACGGCAGAGGCGGUGCUGCAUCAUUUCCAAAUCCUCGAAUUUCACAUUGUAGGGCAUUCAAUGGGUGGUCUAACUGCCCUUGAACUGGCUCACCGAAAACCCGAGGCGAUCCGCAGCUUCGUCAAUAUUAAAGGAAAUCUUGCGCCUGAGGAUUGCUUCAUCAGCCGACAAAUAUUUGACUGGCACAGCGAAGAUAUGGACGAGUUUCUGAACGAUUUCAUCCUCCGCUGCCGCCAGUCUCCGUUCUACUCCGCCGCAUUGUAUGCGGCUUCAAUUCGUCAGAGAGCUCAAGUUGGUGCUAUCAGAGGAAUCUUCGAAUCCAUGGUGCAUUUAUCCGACAGCGGCAGUUUACUAGCCAAGUUUUUAGCCCUUCCAUUCAUAAAGGCUUUCAUGUUUGGCGAACAGCAUGCGAGUCUUUCGUAUCUCCCUAAGCUGGAAGCCGCUGGAGUUGAGCUGGCCGAGAUUCCCAGUGCGGGCCAUUUCCCAAUGUAUUCUAAUCCUGUGGCUAUGUGGGCUGCUAUUCAGGAUCUUAUUCAGAGAGCCAACGAUCAGCAAUCUGAUGGUACGAGCAAGGGGCAACUACUCGAGCAGUAG